AUGGCAUUCAAUUCAAAAUGCCCCAAACUGCCUUGGAUGGUAGAUUUUUAUACUGCCGAAGAUGGAAAAGUAUACAACACCCAAAUGGAAGCGGCUUUCGCCAAUACCACCUUGGAAUACAUGAGUUCCCUAAACAUAAAAUCAAGACCAAAAUAUUUUCGGGAAACGCAGCUGGUAGCCGGUAUCACUCCGCAUGUUUCUUGCUCUGAUUUAGAAAACAUCAUGCAUUUACAUGUUCGUGUCUUCAAUAUAAAGGCCAUAGACAAUCAAAGAGUAUUGGAAACUUUAUCGAAAGUUAGAGCAGUUAAUGCGAAUUACAGCAAGGAUACUGGCAAAAUUUUUCCACUAGCAAUAGCCUUGGAAAUUAAAGGCCCUGAAAUUCGUAUAGGUCAAAUAAAACCACCUAAUAAAAAAGUUUCAUUGGAAAAAGGCCAAAUAACGCACCUAACAACCGACCCAGUAUACGAAGAACACGUUACGGAGGACAUGAUAUUCGUAGACUAUGAGAAUCUCUCGUCAGUAAUCCAACCAGGAGACAAAGUGAUGCUAAACGAUGGAUCUGUAACACUUUCAGCCAUCGAAUGCGCGGAGAGCAUUGUGAAGUGCAUAGUUGAACGUGCAGGUGAUAUACUGAGUAGCUCUGCCGUGGUGGUACCAAAUGUUCCCAUGGAAACAAAUGAAGUUGCCGAGAAUGACAAAGAACUGAUUAAGAGUGGUAUUAAGGAAAAAGUGGAUUUCCUUUUCCUUUCCGGCAUACGCAAUAAGGAUGGUGUAACGGAUAUCAAAGACUUGUUGGGCGAAGCGGGGCAGUUUAUUUCAAUUAUUACCAAAAUAGAGAAUUCGGUUGCUAUAGAGAAUAUAGACAAAAUUAUUGAGGUGUCCGAUGGGAUAUGCUUAGAUUGUGACAGGUUGAUGAUGGAACUUCCGAAAGAAAAAGUUUUUUUGAUACAGAAAUCCAUUACAGCCAAAUGUAAUUUAGCAGGCAUACCUAUAAUAUGUUCUAUACGAAUAUCGGAUGUGAAAUCAAUUUCGAAGGCAGAAGUCUGCGACAUCGCUAACGCUAUCAUCGAUGGUGCUGACGCGUUGAUGUUGCCUACGGAAUGUUGCUUGAAGGAACCCGUCAUUUCGAUAUCAACUAUCUGUAGAGAAGCGGAACCGGCGGUCUACGAAAAACGAAUUUUCAAUGAACUAACCAACGACAUCUCGUCUCCAAUGGAGGCGAUUUACGCCUUGGCCAUCUCAGCUGUGGAAUCCGCUCUCAAAUCUGGUGCGGCUGCAAUAAUUUGUCUUACUUCUUCAGGAAGGACAGCAAAAUUACUGUCGAGGUUUCGACCAAGAUGUCCAAUAAUAGCAGUGACAAGAUACCCGCGAGUGGCACGCCAAUUAGCAAUUUACAAAGGUAUUGACAGCGUCGUUAACGUCAGGCCAUUCGAAGGAAAUUGGGACAAGGAUGUCGAACAGAGGCUCCAGCUGGGGACGGCUUACGGAAGAUAUGUUGGAUAUGUCCGGGCGGGAGACACAGUGGUGACUGUCUCUGGAUCAAGACCUGGGUGUGGAAUACCGAAUAACAUACAGAUUAUUUAUGCAUCCGAUUUUGAUGCCUUGGCUAGGAAGAGAAAAUAUUAA